AUGCAGAGUCUAAAACUUUUCAAACCAACUCAGACACUCUAUAAUACUCUGGCUAUGAGAAAUCUUUAUUUCAGCUAGUAAACCCUAGGUGCAUAGAUGAUGCUAAUAAGCAACAGUCAAAGAUGCUUCAGUGCCUCGACUAGAAAAGUUGGCCAUAACAAUUUCAUAAAGGACGAGAAGUUAGAGGCAAAGAAAUAUGGAAUUAAGAGAAGGUUUUAUGAUCAUUUACCAAAUGUAGCCAGACAACUUCCCAAAACACAAUAUGGUGCAGGUUUGAGUUAAGAGGACUUAGAUGGGCAUAGCGAACAUGUGAAGCAGUCAUUCAACUUAGUUAAUGGCUCAUAUAAUGAAGUCUAUAAGGGCAGAGUUCAAGAAAUUAUCAAUAUUUUUGGAAAGCAUCAACUUGAUGUUGGAAAUCAAGCAGUUCAAGCAGCAGUUAUGUGUGAAAAGGUGGUAUCAUUAUUGAAUCACAUGAGAGACCACCACAAAGAUGUCUCUGGACUCAUUCGUCUCCAAAGAGCUCUAGCUCAAAGAAGGAGAUUUCUUUUCUACUUAAAGAAAUACGAAUUCAUGGCAUACGCUCAUGUUCUCAGAGUAUAUGGUCUGACCGAUUUGACUAGUGAAGGAGGUGAAGGUAUCCACAAGCCUUGGAGAAUGAGACAUUGGAAGUGA